AUGAGUCAUUUGACUUACGGAGUUCCUGAGUCACAGGCUGUCCUGAAGAUCACCUGCCGACUCCUCAGUGCCUUUGUGUCCCAGGGACGUCCUGCAGUGACCGUGUGUGUGCGUGUACAGGAGCCCAGGAAUUGUCAAAUCAACAGUGCCUUGACUUCUUUCCAUACUGCUUUGGAACUUGCAAUAGAUCAGAGAGAAAUUCAGCAUGUCUGCCUGUAUGAAAUUGGUUGGUGCAGCAUGAUAGAGCUCAAUUUCAGGGAUGCAUAUGAUUCCUUUGAGAGGCUAAAAAACGAGUCCAGGUGGUCCCAGUGCUAUUAUGCCUACUUGACUGCAGUUUGUCAGGGAGCCACUGGUGACGUGGAUGAGGCACAGAUUGUCUUUAAAGAAGUUCAGAAACUCUUCAAAAGGAAAAACAAUCAGAUUGAACAGUUCUCAGUGAAAAAGGCAGAGAGAUUUCGGAAACAAACCCCAACCAAAGCGCUCUGUGUGCUCGCGUCCAUUGAAGUGUUAUACUUAUGGAAAGCCCUCCCCAACUGUUCCUUCCCCAACCUGCAGAGGAUGAGUCAAGCUUGCCAUGAAGUGGAUGAUUCUGCUGUUGUUGGGUUAAAGUAUUUGCUUCUUGGUGCCAUACACAAAUGUCUCGGAAACUCGGAAGAUGCCGUUCAGGUAAACUGUUUAUGUUGUCAUGGCUAAAGAAAGUAAAUCGUGUUCACCUACACAGGUGCUGCUGAGGAAGAAAAAUGAAAAAACAUGAAACGAAACCAACCCCACUACAGUGUAAACUUUAUGUACUUUAUCUGAUUAAUGCCAUCUUUUUAGGUGCUAGAAGUUGAUGAUGGUUGUUACUAGUUUUUAAUGUAACUUCAGAGUCUUAGAAUACUUUUCUAUAGUUGGGCUUCUUUCCUGCCACUAGCUAUUUGUCAAAGAUGACAGUCUCGACUGGAGAGAGGAGGAAAUGAAGAGGCAAUUUUGAAGGAGCAGAGU